AUGUCUCUAUAUCUGAAGCCCUUCAUCUUUCUAUACGACUCCACUCUUAGCCUCCUCUUGCUUCUGUUUAAUGGAUGGAGUCUUGAACAUCCAGCAGCAGCCCAAAUGAGGCUUCAGGCAGAAAACAGUGCUGCAAAGUCUGAGUGGAAGCAACUGCAAUAUGUGUGGUUAAAAACUAGGACUCUUGUACUACUUCCCAUUUUCAAGGGUUGUGUGGUUAUGUGUUUGGUUUUAUCUAUCAUAGUAUUCGCAGAGAGCUUUUACAUGAACUUUGUCAUACUCAUCGUCAAGUUAUUUAGACGUAAACCCGAGAAAGUGUACAAAUGGGAAGCCAUGCAAGAAGAUGUCGAGGUUGGACCCGGAAACUAUCCAGUGGUUCUUGUCCAAAUACCAAUGUUUAAUGAAAAAGAGGUCUUUCAGUUAUCAAUAGCAUCAGUAUGCAGUUUGUUAUGGCCACCGAGCCGUCUAGUAGUUCAAGUUGUAGAUGACUCUACGGAUCCGGCCGUGAGGGAAGGCGUAGACAUAGAGAUUGCAAAAUGGCAAAGCAAAGGCAUAAACAUAAGGUGUGAAAGGAGAGAUAAUAGGAACGGCUACAAAGCCGGAGCUAUGAAAGAAGCUCUUACCCAUAGCUACAUUAGGCAAUGCGACUUUGUGACAGUCUUCGAUGCCGAUUUUCAACCCGAGCCCGAUUACCUCAUCCGCACCAUCCCCUUCCUCGUCCACAACCCUGAGGUUGCUCUCGUUCAAGCUCGGUGGAUAUUUGUGAACGCCAACGAAUGCUUGAUGACGAGGAUGCAAGAGAUGUCCCUCAACUACCAUUUCAAGGUGGAACAAGAAUCAGGGUCUACUAGACAUGCUUUCUUUGGGUUUAAUGGAACCGCGGGUGUUUGGAGAAUAGCAGCAAUAGAAGAAGCAGGAGGAUGGAAAUCAAGGACAACGGUAGAAGACAUGGACUUAGCCGUUCGAGUUGGUCUUCACGGCUGGAAAUUUGUCUACCUAAACGACCUCACGGUGAGAAACGAGCUUCCAAGCAAAUUCAAGGCCUACAGAUUCCAACAGCAUAGGUGGUCCUGUGGUCCAGCCAAUCUUUUUCGAAAGAUGACACUGGAAAUCAUUCUCAAUAAGAGAGUAACAGUAUGGAAGAAAUUCUAUGUGAUCUACAGUUUUUUCUUCGUGAGGAAAGUGGCAGUACACGUAUUGACAUUCUUCUUCUACUGUAUAGUUGUGCCAACAAGUGUCUUCUUCCCUGAAAUCUACAUCCCUACUUGGUCUACCAUUUACGUUCCAUUUUUGAUCAGUAUCUUCCACACAAUGGCAACUCCAAGGUCCUUCUAUCUCGUGAUAAUCUGGAUCUUGUUCGAGAAUGUUAUGGCUAUGCAUCGAACCAAAGGAACGUGCAUUGGCCUACUCGAAGGAGGAAGAGUGAACGAAUGGGUUGUCACCGAGAAAUUAGGAGAUGCUUUAAAGAGUAAGUUACUCUCUCGGGUCGUCCAACGAAAAUCUUAUUACGAAAGAGUGAAUUCAAAGGAAGUGAUGGUGGGGAUUUACAUAUUGGGAUGUGCAAUCUAUGGAAUGGUCAAUGGCCACACAUGGUUACAUUUCUAUCUUUUUCUUCAGGCCACUGCCUUCUUCGUCUCUGGUUUCGGUUUUGUCGGAACCUAA